AUGUCUUCGAAACAUUUUCAUUUUUGUUCACUGCCAUAUGUGUGGGAAAUUUGCGCCUUAAAUUAUAAUAUCAGUUACAGCAACACCAGUGCGUGUGCGUGUGCGUGUGCUUGUGCGUGUGCGUGUGCGUGUGCGUGUGCGUGUGUGUGUGUGUGUGCGUGUUCGUGUGCGUGUGCGUGUGCGUGUGCGUGUGCGUGUGCGAGUGCGUGUGCGUGUGCGUGUGCGUGUGCGUGUGGUUCUUCGAUGGGAGAAAAUAACGACGUUAACGAAGUUAAGAAGACUACAGCUCAAGACGCGCUGCAAGAAAAGGCUGUAAAAGAUUCACAAGACGUAAAAAUGGCGGCGGAAGGCUUUUCAAGCAUGGUGGACAGCAUCGCGAAGUUUAGCGGUGAUGACAAGACUUAUUCGUCAACAAAGUGGGCUCAGGACAUCGAAGACAAUAAGGAGAUUUUUAGUUGGACAAAUCAGCAAACAUUAAUAGUAGCGAGAAGAUCCUUGACAGGCACGGCUGAACUGUGGCUACGAUCAGAAAAAGUUUUUAAGACGUUCGAAGAGCUCAAAACAGUACUGCAGAAAGAAUUCCCUGAGUCACUUAACGCAAAAGAGAUGCACGAGUUAAUGGCGUCGCGCAAGAAACAGCGGGACGAAACUUGUUAUCAGUAUAUGCUGAUUAUGAAGGAACUGGGCAAAAGAGCUAAAUUCCCAGACUACGUCUCGAUCCAGUACAACGUGGACGGCAUCGUAGAUCAAGAAGUAAACAAGAUGAUGUUGUAUGGAAUUACAUCAUAUUCAGUGUUAAAAGAAAAACUCGUUUGUUAUGAAAAAAUGAAGACGAAGAUCGUUCCUGAAAAACAAAGAAAGUCAUCCAUAUCAUAUCUAUCGACUUCAUCAUCGGGUUCAGUAAGUCGGCAGCAACCUAAUAAUAAUAAAAGAUGUUAUAAGUGCGGCGAUCCAAGUCAUAUUUCAACAGCGUGUACGAAUGGAACGAAAUGCUUCCGGUGUAAUAAGUUCGGCCAUAUUGGUACACACUGUAAAAUGGCGAACGAGAACGACGACUGGCAAGAUGUAAACAAACACGAAAAGCAACAAAGUACGCCGGUUAAAUUAAUUAAGUUGUGCGGAAUGGACAUGGACACGUUAAUCGAUACGGGCAGUCAAAUUAAUCUGAUGGCAAGUGACGUGUAUAAUGAACUGAACGUGGACAAGUACGCCGAUAACACGAUUUUAGCGGGACUCGGACUGUCAAAAAUAAAAUCGUGUGGAAAGUUUUACGAAAGUGUUUCGAUCGACGGAAGAUGUUACGACGGGGUUAUUUUUCACAUCGUACCUAAAGACUGUAUGCCCUAUAAAGUGAUUUUAGGUCAGGAAUUUCUAAGAAAUGUUGUCAUGGUUAUGCGCGAGGGUUCCGUCUUGUUGUUACCUGAAGGUGAGGAAUGGUUGACGAGAGUGAAUUGUUGUGUGAGUGAAGUUGAUAUUGCAGGUCACAUCCACGACGAUGGCAUUAAGGCAGAGGUGGAGCAGCUCGUGACGCAGUAUAACCCAGUCCAGACGAAAGAGGCGCCUAUCGAACUCAAGAUUAUACUUAAAGAUGACAUCCUAGUGGCGCAGCGCCCAAGAAGACUUGCCCUGAUGGAACUGAAGAUAGUGGAGGAUCAGGUAGACGAGUGGUUACUUGUGGAACUUUUAGUAGUGAGUUUCUCUGAAUAUACUAGUCCUGUAGUCCUUGUAAAGAAAAAAGAUGGUUCAACUAGAGUAUGCAUUGACUAUAGGCAGUUGAAUAAGAAGAUGGUUAAGGAUGAAUUUCCCUUACCAUUGAUCGAGGACCUAAUUGAUAAGUUGAAAGAUGCUAAGGUGUUCAGUGUCCUAGAUCUUAAAAAUGGUUUCUUCCAUUUAAGAAUGAGCAAGGAGUCCAUACCCUUCACAUCGUUUGUCACGCAUCAUGAAUUUCUUAGAGCACCAUUUGGUCUCUCCGUAUCGCUGAAGUACUUCAUGAGGUUCAUCACCAUCAUAUUUAGAGACUUGAUACAAGAAGGUAUUAUGAUGAUAUUCAUAGACGAUAUUGUUAUUCCAGCGCAGACGAAGGAAGAUGCUGUACAGAGAUUAGGACGAGUGCUGGAGGUGGCUGCUGAGUACGGGCUUGAAAUCAACUGGAAGAAGGCGAGGUUGAUACACCACGAGAUUGAAUACUUGGGACAUCUGGUCAAAGACGGGCAGGUACAACCCAGUCCGGAUAAGAUUGAAGCAGUCGCACAAUACCCCGAGCCUGUAAAUGUCAAACAGAUCCAAAGUUUUGUCGGGCUGACUUCCUAUUUUAGAAAGUACAUAAGAGGCUAUGCACAGAUAGCGAGGCCGCUAACAGUUUUGAUGAGGAAAGAUGUGAAGUUUGUUUUUGGGCCUGAAGAGCGACAAGCGUUCAACAUUUUGAAGCAGAAGCUAACGAGUGAACCAGUACUGAUGAUUUUUGACCAGAAGCUGCAUACAGAACUUCAUUCAGGUGCAUCUAGCAUAGCUCUAGCCGCUAUUCUCAUGCAGAAGAAUGAAGAAGGAGAAAUGCACCCUGUAUAUUACAGGAGCAGAAGGACGAAUGACAUUGAAAGUUGUUAUUCAAGCUAUGAGCUUGAGGCACUCGCAGUAAUAGAAGGUGUGAAAAAGUUUCACCACUACCUCUUUGGCAGGUACUUUAAGAUAGUCACAGACUGUGAGGCAUUGGAGCUUACCUCGAAGAAGAAGGAGCUAACACCAAAGGUGGCCAGGUGGGUAUUACUUCUCAGCGAGUAUGACUAUGAUGUCGAACAUCGAGCGGUAUGCAGGAUGCCACACGCAGAUGCGCUCAGCAGAAUCCCAUAUGUAGCUGCAGUGGUAACAUUGCACGAGAAGAUCAGCCACGCGCAAGAAAGAGAUGAAGACCUCAAGGCUAUAAAACAGCUGAUUUUGACAAAUGGCCAGUAUAAUGACUAUUAUGUGGAACAAGGAGUGCUUUACAAAGGUGAUCAGAGACAACUGGUGGUUACCAAGCUAAUGGAAAAAGAAGUAAUCAAGGAAGUACAUAGCAAUGGUCACUUUGCUAUUAAGAAAAUGAAAGAAGCAAUAAGCAAAGAUUAUUUUAUAAAGAAUAUGGACAGAAAAAUCGAAGGAGUGAUUACCAGUUGCAUACCGUGUCUGCUAGCAACCCGAAAAGAAGGCAAACAGGAGGGAUACUUAAACCCUAUUGGAAAAGAAGGGACUCCGCUGCAUACUUUGCAUCUGGACCACAUCGGACCGCUAACUGAGACACGAAAGAUGUACAAUCACAUAUUUACAGUAGUGGACGGAUUUACUAAAUUUGUUUGGCUGUACCCCACAAAAUCAACGACUAGUGCAGAAGUAAUAAGUAAGCUACAGUUAUACCAAGAUACGUUUGGAAACCCUGUACGUAUCAUAACAGACAGAGGCACAGCUUUUACCAGUGGAGCAUUUAAGAAGUACUGCGAAGAGGAAGCUAUAAAGCAUGUCACCAUUACAACCGGCAUACCAAGAGGAAACGGCCAAGUAGAGUGGAUUCAUCGGAUAAUGAUACCCAUACUAACGAAGCUGUGCAUCGAAGACCAGUCACUAUGGUAUAAACAUGUUGGACGUGUGCAAAGAGCAAUCAACAGUACUUACCAGAGAAGCAUAGACACCACACCGUUCCAACUGCUCACUGGAACCAAGAUGAAUUGCAAGGAGGACGUAGAGAUAUUAAACUUGUUACUACAGGAAACUAUAGCGCAAUACAGUGAAAGCAGAGAAAGUUUACGGCAGAAGGCCAGAGACCAAAUUCAAAAGAUACAGGAAGAAAAUAGAAAUACCUACAAUAAAAAGAGGAAGCAGAGCUCUCAGUAUGAGGUGGGAGAUCUGGUCGCAAUUAAAAGGACACAGUUUGGGCCAGGGCUCAAGCUGAAAGCGAAAUUCUUCGGACCCUAUAAGAUAGUCAAGGUGAAACGCAACGACCGAUACGACGUUGUAAAGUUGUAUCAAGGCACAGAGGGGCCGAACAGUACAGCGACAUCUGCAGAGUUCAUGAAGAGAUGGCCUGAAGAAGAUGACUGCGAGUAA